AUGGGGGAGCACAGAGCAGCUCGGACGAGGGAGCGGUACCCGUGGGCGCGCUACCGCUGGCUGGACUCCCUCCUGGGCCUGCCCUCCCAUCGCCAGCGCCUCUUCCUCGCGCAUCGCCUGGCCACGAGCCCGCUGUGCAAUGCGCUGGGCGCGGUGGUGUUCCUGGGCACGCCCUUCUACGUCAAGACCUGGCAGCGACAUGGCGGUGCUGCUGCUGCUGCUGCUGCUGCUCACCACCGCCGUCUCUGUGGGGCUCACGUUCGUGGUCAUGUGGGGCUACGUGCUGCUGUGGCGCCUGGUGGUGCUGGCCAUGGCAGGCAAGCUUUCAAGCUCUGGCGCAGCACGGCAUUUUAUAGCGGGAACAUCUACCACGCUCCUGGCUUCGAUUGGUCGCAUGCCAUGUCAGCACUCGUCAUCCACGCUGGCAUAUUAGACGAGGCCAGCCUGGCACUAUCCACCGAGCCUAUCGCCCGAGCCUACAUCGUCCCGCAGCUAGCCUCCAUGCGCAAAACCCCCUUCUGGAAACCCCUUCCCCGCCGCCCAACCACAAACAAAUGCUCCGAUUGGACGCUUUACAUCAGCAGCACUGCCCGGAUUUUCUUAUGGAACAUAAUUUUCAUCCUGCCCGCAACAGCUGUAGCACUGCUGUCUCACGUGCUGGCGCCGUUGGUGAUCUCGAUGGUGCGGAAAGCGGUAGUGACGGUGAGCUUUGGGCUGUCCCCCAAGGAGCUGAGCUUCGCCAGUGUGUUUGUGGACGACUGCCUGCACCUGGGGUCGCCAUCACACCACGUGCAGCACUGGAACGUGCAGAAACUGGUGGCUCUGGCCAAGACGCGAUCAUUGCGGGGCCAAGUGAUGGCGGGGUAUGAGGAUGGCACGUGUGACAUGGGGAAGGUUGUAUUCGGGAAGGGGCUACUUGAAAAGGGGUUGCCUCAAGAGGGCGUGACUGGGAAAGGGGUAGCUGCGGAGGGGUUGCUUGGGAAGGGCAAGGCGGACGAGAGAAAGGAGCAGGAGGAGGCAAGGGGAAGGGCCGCUGCAUGCAUGCAGCCGAGCCCUGUGAUUCGCGAACGGGGCUCUCAGGUACCCACUUGGGGUUGGGGGAGGCCGUGGAACCAUGUGGUGCCGGGCCAACAGCACAUGGUGGCAGCAGCAGGAGUGGAGGGCGGGCAGGGCAGAGCACCAGGAAGCGUGAGGCGGAGCUUAAGCCUUACGGGGCAGGCUCUGCGACAGGGGGGGGAGGGAGGGGAGGGCGGUGAGGAGAUGGGUGAAGAAGAGGGUGAAAGCAAGGAAGGGCGAGCGGGGAGAGAGGGCAGCCCUGCAGAGGGACGUGCAGCAGGGAGGGGGGGAGUGGGCGAGGCCUCCGUCGAGCUGAAGACGACAGAAGUGCAGCACGGCAGUGGCAGGCAGCAGCGAGUGAGUGCGAGAGGCAGCAGGGAGGAGCGGGUGGCAUAUGAAUUCCUGUGGAACGAAGGCGCGCUGGAGGCAGCAGCGAGUGAGUGCGAGACGUACAAGCUGCUGCGCCCGCAGCUGCAGACCAUCACCCACAACCCACGCCUCUCCGACCAGGAGUGUGUGCGCCAGGUGAAGCAGCUGUGUGUGAUGAUAGAGGAGCGGUUUGUUGAGCUGACAGUCCAAUUCGAUCUCAACCACGGGGCUUACUUCCGAAGUCCCCGCAUUAUCAGGGCUAUGGUGCACUUCCUGGAACCCUGGAAGCUCCCGGAUUGGUCCAGUCCAGGGAGAUCGACACUCAUGAGUCGAGGGCUGAAGAAAGGAUCGGGUUUGGGAGACUUGGGCACAGGGGUGCAGGUGGAUAGUAUUUGUGAUAGCCUGAGGAACUUCAAACUACCGUAA